AUGGACGAUUUCUUUUUCUUUCUGCCCUUUAGCCGGCCUCAGGAAGUAUGUUUGUGUCCAUUUCUACCAUUGCAUCCUCUGCACAUCUCUACUCAUUUGUACAUAAUUCAGCAUCCGGCGGAGGAAAGCAAAGUGUUGCGGACAGUUCCCCUAUUAGCAGCAUGCCUCCCCCAGGACAAGUGUAAAGUCAAGACUGGUCGUCGCUUCAGUGAAGAAAGAGAUCCUGAACUUUCAAAUGUUUGUCGGAAGUCUGAUACAUUAAUAUUAUAUCCAGGGGCUGAAGCUGCUAAUUUGGAAGAAUUUAUAUUAGAUUCUCCUACUUAUCCUUCCACAAUCAUCAUCAUUGAUGGUACAUGGAGCCAGGCUAAGGACAUUUUCUAUAAGAAUUCUUUGUUCCGACUCCCCAAACAGCCUCGUGUCUCUGCAGAUGUGGAAGGUUGCCUGUCUUCUACAGUUUGCCUGACAUCACUGACACAAAGUGUUCAUGUGUAUGUAUACUAGACACUAAUGACUAUUGGGUUAGAUGAAAUUAUAGGGCUUGCAGAGGGUUAUAACAUGGUGAGCUAUUUAACACUGAAUGUUCAGGAACCUUGUUCUUUCUCCACAUGCUUCUAGUUCUUUUGCCAUGGUUCUCUCUCCCUCUUUGUGUCUCUCUUUCUGCAUGUCUGUUUCUUCUGUCUUCUCUCUUACCUCUCGACUUGUCACUGCUUAUCAAUUAACUAGAGAUUUAGACAUGUCUUUGAUUCACUGUUUGUUUAUAUAUCUCAUUUUGUGGAAGGAAUUUUCCUGAGCACAGGUAGAAACCUUAAUGUUAGCUGGUUAAAAAACCUUAAGAAAAUGCUUAUUUCUGCCAAAUAAAUGUGUAUAUUGAAAAAAUGGUGCCACAGUUACAUAUAUUACUCUGUAACCUUUUUUUUUUUGAUAUAUGACAUAUUGUUGUGGGUCUUUUUUGUGUCAGUACAGUACAUAACUAUGAUAAUUUAUGUAGUUAUU